AUGUUGUUCAUCAAUGUACUGCUCUUCUAUCUUGCCAUACUCCGCGCCGAAGCAUCACCUGCCCUCCCCUACAUCGCCACUAUGUUCUCUCAGAUCUCCCAAUACCUCAACAACGUCCACCUUUCCAACUGCCCUCUCGCCAAAACUAACCUCCCAUCUCAUGGAUCGCUCCCGGGGCCCAGCCCAGGUCUCAGCCUCAAAUACGUUACGAUAGGACGAGGAACACAAAGCUACACUUGCCAGGAUGACUCCAGCACUACAGUACCCAAAUCCGUGAGUGCCGUUGCAACGCUGGUCGAUGUUUCCUGCCUCGCCGCGUCCAAUCCAACACUUCUUCAUAACUUCACCCCUGUCGUGAAGGAAGUACAAUCUGAGGCACUUCCCUUCCUUGCCGUGCUUGGCAGUCAGCUCUCCUCGUCAGCUACAAAGUUCAUCUUGGGAAAACAUCAGUUCAAUGCUGCUGGCCAGCCAACCUUCGAUCUACGACUUGCUGGUGGGAGUGACUGGGUGGCAUCCAAAAGGGCUGCGAGUAGUGACGCACCCGACCGUAGCACUGUAAACGUGCCUUGGUUGAAGCUCACUUCUGUUAGUGGAAAUGGUAUCAAAGAAGUUUACCGCCUGCAUACAGUGGGAGGACAGCCUCCAGCCAACUGCCAGAAGCGUAAGGGUACAUUCCAGGUAGACUAUGCGGCGGAAUAUUGGUUCUACGGUUGA